UGCGAAUAGACCCGCAAUGUCCACUAGGAGGCUUGACUAACAAGGUAUUUGUCUCGACGUAAACAUAUAUGGCGUGAACUGCAAAAUAUAGAUUAAACGAUGCUUUAAAGGACGCAGAUCUGCUGUCGGAGGUCGCGGUGUUUGUUGGACUAUCACAGAUCAUCAGUCUCCUCUCUGUGGGCCAGUGUAGCACGUAUCUAUGAACUCCAUACCGCCCUCCACAUCAGCCGUCAGUAGCCCUGUCAGCUCUGUAGAUUCGCCGCUGUCAGCCGUCAGCUCAUCCAUCGGUUCUCCCGGCGUUCCCGGCACCCCAUCUGUUGGCUAUGGGCCCAACAGCAGCCCUCAGAUCAACUCUUCAAUGUCUUUGUCUGGGUUACAUGCUGUCAGUAGCUCUGAUGAUGUGAAACCCCCGUUUGGCCUGAAGUCUGUCGGUGGCUCUGGGCCAAUGCUGUCUCAGAAACGCAUGUGUGCCAUUUGUGGGGAUCGCUCCUCUGGGAAGCACUAUGGCGUGUACAGUUGUGAAGGCUGUAAGGGUUUCUUCAAGCGCACAGUUAGGAAGGACUUGAGCUACACGUGUAGGGACAACAAAGAGUGUCUCGUGGAUAAACGCCAACGCAACCGCUGCCAGUACUGCCGCUAUCAGAAGUGCCUGGCUACGGGAAUGAAAAGAGAGGCUGUUCAGGACGAGCGUCAGAAAAACAAGGAGCGUGAUGGAGACGAUGAAUGCAGCAGCGCAGUGAAUGAGGAGAUGCCUGUUGAGGCGAUCCUGGAUGCUGAGAUCGCUGUGGAACACAGGACAGACCUGCACUCUGAUGCUACCACUUCACCCAAUGAUCCGGUCACUAACAUCUGCCAGGCUGCAGACAAACAGCUCUUCACUCUGGUGGAGUGGGCCAAGAAGAUCCCUCACUUCUCGGAGUUGUCAUUGGACGACCAGGUCAUCCUGCUCAGGGCCGGAUGGAAUGAGCUUCUUAUUGCUGCCUUCUCUCAUCGCUCCAUCAGCGUGAAGGAUGAGAUCCUGUUGGCCACAGGUCUGCAUGUAUCCAGAGACAGUACUCACAACUUGGGCGUGGAGGCCUUUUUUGACAGGGAGAGCACGCACAGUGCAGAGGUGGGGGCUUUAUUUGACAGGGUGCUUACUGAGUUGGUCUGUAAGAUGCGUGAUAUGCAAAUGGACAAGACUGAACUCGGCUGUCUGCGCGCCAUAGUUCUGUUCAACCCAGAUGCCAAAGGUCUGACGAGCACCAGUGAGGUGGAGCUUCUGAGAGAGAAAGUGUAUGCGUCCUUGGAGUCCUACUGCAAGCAGAAGUACCCCGACCAGCAGGGGAGAUUUGCCAAGCUCCUCCUCCGGCUGCCUGCGUUGCGUUCCAUUGGGCUCAAGUGUCUGGAGCAUCUGUUCUUUUUUAAGCUGAUCGGAGACACCCCCAUUGACACUUUUCUCAUGGAGAUGCUGGAGUCACCCCACUAGCUUCAUCGGAAAGAGAGAGAUUGGGAGACAGGGUUUCAGCCCUAGGUCCUGGAGAUAACUGUGACUGCACUUUUCCUUCCCAGGGGAAUUACAGCAAUUGGUCCGCCUCUGGUCUGGGGGUAUUUUUGUCUUUUGUUUUCUCUCGACUUUCUCUUAAAGUGCACCACAGAAUCUAGAGACCCAAAACUUGCCAUGAAAAUUGUUGGUGCUACAUUUCAAUAGUAAGCUAAUUCUUUAUAUAAAAGAAAACAAGUUCAAAAACGUUUGUAAGAAUGAAAGCUCCAAUUACCUGACUGGUUUAGAUAAGCGGGGUUUACAUUUUGAUAGAUCCAUUUGAGGCUUUUAAAACACUGUGGAUGAUAAGCUUUAAUUGUACGUAUGUGUGCUUCACCAUCUCUUGAGUUUGGGUGCUUACUUUUAUGACUUAUUUUAUUUCGCCCCGACCUACAAGGACUGACUGGUCACUUGGGCAGAGAGAUGAAUGAGUAUUUGGUAUUCUAGGUUUAAAUUGACCUGACUUUGCUGGUCUGAGGAAUCUGGCAAAGAGAUCUUUAUGCAAUGAAGCUUGAAAAACAGAAAAGAUGCAUAAUCUAAAAAAAUGUACACAAUUUACAUUAUACUGUGCAAUGUUAAGCUUAAAUACAGAGGUGGAUGUGAGAGAAACGCAAGCACUCUUUUUUUAUCUCACUCAUUCAUUUUAUUAUCCUGUCAUGAGGGCCCUAACUGAGAAAUGCUUGAUGUUCUUAUUUUAACAUAUGAGAGUAAAAAGGAAAAUACAAGUCUCUCUUCACAUCAUCAGCAUUUAUUGUACGAGGCCGGUAGAUUUCUUUCAUUCUUUUUGUUUUGCCUAAAGUGUCCUAAAGGCCAAAUCGUCUUAAAAGCUGCUUCGGCUGUCAGUUAACAAAACACUUUUCAUCACAUAUCAGGUGACUGUAAAAGUGAUAAUUCCUUAAGUGAACUGCACUACUCUAAAAAUGUCAUUCCGUUUUAUUUUUUUACCAGGGUCAGGAUUUUUAUGUUUACUUUGGUGCUUAGGAAUUGACAUUUGAUAUUACAACCCUAAAAAAAAAUGCACAUCCAAAACAGCUUCAUACAGAUACUAAAUCUGAGCAAUAUAAGAGUGCUUUUCUAUUUCGAAAAAACCUUCCAACUUGAAAUGUAUACAAUGAAUUUAUUCUAGUACUGUGCAGACCCUAUUGUUCAGGGACACCGUGUAGCUAUCCUGUAGAGUAGGCUAGGAAUCCGUAUGUAUUCUCUCUAUGCUUUUAUCACUUUCUUUAGUGUGUAGUUGGCUUACAACUUGCCGAAAAAAAGACAUUGUUUGCACUGGAUUUUACCAGAAAUCCUAGAUUUUGGAUUUUGUCUUUUAUUUUCUCAUUGAUCUGAGCUUUCCUUUGACUUGCCAUUGAUUUUUUUGCUUUCGUUUUUGCUUUCCAUGGCAUCUCUCUGUCCAUUUUGAAUAAAGUUAUGGGGACAAAUGCAAACUCACUCGCCAUAGAUAUAUCUAACACAACACAAGGUUGUUUUUGUAUGGUCUUGUACAACCAACAUCUUUACUGCAUUAGGCAUGUUACAUGUCUGUUGUUGCACUAAAAUUGUCAUACAUUUAUGAUAGUAAUGAGAUUCCAUCACGUUUGGAUGUUGUCACGGCUCAUUUUAGAGGAGCCUGGUGAUGCUGAAAGAGAACCAUCUGCUGUACAUGACCCUAAAUAAAGGUGGUGAUGUCUAACGUC